AUUGGAGCAACUUGCUGAGUGUUUCAGUAAGACCUAGAAGAAACCACACCUCACAAUGUGCAGUCUUAAAUACUGCAGUCUCAGAGCAAUUUUUCUGUUGAUGCUGUGUAGGUCAAUACAAAUUCCUGAAGCUGAAGGAAAAGGUGAAAUUCUGCCUCCAACUAUACAAAAAAUAAUAAAAGGAUACAACAAAUAUCUACGUCCGUUUUUUGAUAAUGGUCCUGUGUCAGUUGGAAUGAGUCUGGAUAUUGCAAGCAUUGAUACGAUAUCAGAAAUAAAUAUGGACUACACAGCUACCAUAUUUUUAAGGCAGCGAUGGACUGAUGAGAGACUUUGUUUUGAUGGUAAUAAGAGUUUAAGCUUAGAUGGUCGGCUUGUGGAAAUGCUUUGGGUACCAGAUACCUUCAUAGUUGAUUCAAAGAAGUCUUUUCUGCAUGAUGUCACUGUUGACAAUCGUCUUAUAAGAAUAUACCCUAAUGGAACGGUCUUGUAUGCUCUACGAAUCACCACAACUGUUGCUUGCAGCAUGGAUCUGACCAAAUAUCCAAUGGAUAAGCAGACAUGUACUUUGCAACUGGAAAGCUGGGGUUAUAACAUUAAUGAUGUAAUGUUUUACUGGACUAGAGGAAAUGAUUCAGUUCGAGGUUUGGACACACUCCGACUGGCACAAUACACAGUAGAAGACCACUUUACCUCAGUAUCUGAAGCGAACUAUGAGACAGGACGUUACCCAAAAUUAGUGUUUCACUUCAAACUCAAGAGAAACAUCUUGUAUUUCAUAUUAGAGACAUAUGUACCAUCAAUCCUACUGGUUGUGCUGUCAUGGGUAUCGUUUUGGAUAAGCCAGUCAUCAGUUCCAGCCAGAAUCUGCAUAGGUGUCACCACAGUCCUUACUAUGACAACACUGAUGAUGGGAGCCAGGACGUCACUCCCGAAUGCUAACUGCUUUGUUAAGGCAAUUGAUGUGUACCUUGGCAUCUGCUUCAGUUUCAUCUUUGGAGCACUGUUAGAGUAUGCUGUGGCUCAUUUCUGCACUCUUCAUCGCUUCAGUUCAAAAGAACUUCCAAAGGAUGAGGAUGAAGAGGCUGAAGAAGAGAGGGAUGGAGUCCUGGCAGCAGUUGCUAACAGUUGCAGUGCCUCUGAGAACAAGAACAAGAUCAAUUCAAACAAGAACAGCAAAACCAGCAUCAGUGGGAAAAGGGAGAGAAGUAAACAUCAUGGGUGUAGUUCACCAAUGUCAGUCAUGAAAAGACUUUUCUGUAUCUUUGAUUGCUUCCAUGUUAAAAAUCCUUAUCACAUAGACAACUAUGCCAGAUUUUCUUUCCCAUUAUCAUUCAUCAUAAUUAAUGUAUUUUAUUGGGUUUAUUAUUUGUAUUUGUAAAUACUUUAAUGUGUAAAAUUGGUUUAAAGUUUAGAAAGUGGUUAUGAGAAGGGAAGAUGCAGAAAAAUGAAGAAGUUGCAUUUGGAUAAAGGGAUAUGAAAGGAUGUACCAUCUUUUCAAGCAUUUCUUCAAAGUUUCUUGUUAGCUCACUUUUCCACUGUUAAAUGAGUGUCAUUCAAAACUGACUCCUAUUAGCGUGCAUGUUCUCUAUUAAACUGUUUAUUAAAGGCCAGUAAGUCCUUUUUAAUAUGUUAAGGGUCAACUUUGUAAAUUAUUUUACACUUCUUUCUGAACUGCAUUGAAUACAUUUAAAAAACCCCCCACCAACAAAGUGUUGUUUUCCUGCUAUGCUUUAAGUAUUCAGUUCCUUCUAGCCCUGUCAAUAAUGCAUAAAUUUUCCAGAUUAUGUAAGAAAAUGUAUAAUUGCAGAUCAAAGUGAUUUUGCUUCAUAUCAAGAAAUAGCUUUGAAGGCAUGGACUACCAACACAAACCAAACAAUAUAUUCAUCUUUGUAAGGUCACAGAUGUUUAUCAAGACUCUGCCCUACAUCUUUAGACAGAACUCCCAUAGGCAUCAAUGGCUUUUCUGAAUAAGUGCAGGACAGAAUAUAGAAAUGGACUGGGGCCAAAAUGUUUAGGUUCAGAGAGAUGUUUCUCUUAGGUGAUAACAUACUCAGGUGUUGGCCAAUCCUUAAUGGAAUACAGCCAUUUAUUUUGAUGUUUAUACUCUGUACUCUGCUCAGUCACAACUGUCUGGGUUAACUAUUAUGCAGAGGAAAAAUUUGAUAUGCUUAAUUUUCAAUUUAGCAAAUUUCUCUUGAGUCACUUGCCAUUAAAAAUUUCGCACAGAGAUGAAAAAGCUUACUUCUUGAAUUGAAAAGAAAACCCUGGAUAUGCUAUAACUCGAUGAAAAAAGGGGAAGUUUUACACAGAUGAAAUUAUAACCCACAUGAAAGAAUGGUUACACUUGAUGAAAAAACAUAAUGGUCUUUCUGAGUAGUUACCUCACUGACAGAUAUUACAAAAGUUAUUGAUAUGGCAACCUAUUUCUUAUACAUUAGUCUGGAAGUUUAGAAGCACUUACACCUUUUUCCUGACAAUAAUGUAUCUGUGGAUUGUGUAUAUAUGUAUAAAUCUGUAUAUGUGCUUUUGUAGACUGUGUACCUCGACAUUUAUGAUGAUAUGACACACUACACACAUAGAAAUGCAUUAAAAAGUCCCCAUAAUACUGAGACUCUUUGA